UCGUACUUACACCUAAACGAGCCAAGUGCAUUCUUAUCAGUGGCCAACCGAAUGAUGGGCCGUACUCUCACACUGUUCUCGGGCUUCACUGUACUUGCAGUUGUGUGCAACAGUUGCGCCGCAGCCGAGAUACUCGAGUGCUAUGAGUGCUUCGAGGGAGCGGGAGCAAAUAUGGAGAAACCGCUUCCGGUAUGCUCACAGCUGAAAAACAGUCCGGAAUUCAGAGUGCCCUGUCCCAACUCCACGAUGUGCUCGAAGACAGUGAACACAAUUAACUUACAAAAUGGAUCGAAAUGGUCGGCUGUUCUCAGAGGCUGCGCAAACCAAGUGAAGAUAACGCAUGUUCUGCGCAAUAGAUUUUAUGAGGAAGUCGCCGUCAUAGAUGAGCCCUAUAAAGAUGGCUGCAUUGAGAAGAAACAUCACAAUAUGCUGACAUCAACGGUCCAGCAAUGUUAUUGCCGGGGCAAUCUGUGCAAUUCGGCGACUUAUCGCGACCUCAACGUUCCAUUUAAAAUGACAUAUAUAAUGUUGCUGUUGAGCUACUUGCGGCAACUCAUUGGGAUUUGAAUGCUCUUAGUCAGAUUAUAUAGAAUUAACCAGCUAUACCUGCCGACUAUGUAGCAGUUUAUUAGUAUA